CGUAGAGCUUCUUCGCUGAUCCUGACUCGUGACUUGUAACCGCAACUUUUCCUACUUCUCACCGUCCUCUGCGAGACGAGCGCCUUUCUGGAGUGCUGUGAUUACCGACGUCGCAGACAUCUCAGCGACCCCUCGCACGACACACUUGCCGCAGCUGUCACAUCCCUAAAGCUGCGCGCAUCCAGAUCUUCUCGUCAGCGCCAGCAGCUAGAAGUUAGCACCUGGGCCUUUGCUCUCCCAAAUUCGCAGCCACUCCCUCAGAACGAUGUUCGAGCGAUCCCUCUCUUCGCUCAUCAAAGGGCUGCGCGCAAAUGCGGCGCCUCUAUCUGGGGCGACGCGGCAGCAACAGAGGAAUGAAGCGCGAUACGUGUCUCAGCAGCUGGAUGAGAUCAGGGUGGAGAUGCGCAGCGAAGACCGAGCGGUCAAGGCAGAGGCGGUGCUGAAAUUGUGCUACCUGCAAAUGCUCGGACACACGUCUAGCGCACCAAACAGCUUCAACAUGCUCGAGGUUAUGAGCUCGCAGAAGCUUCACGAGAAGCAGAUCGGCUACCUCGGUGCAAGCAUGAGCUUCACGCCAGAGACCGACGUCCGGGUGCUGGUCACAAAUCUGAUGCAAAAGGACUUGCACUCCGACAACCCAAUAGAGGUCUCUAUAGCUCUCAACGGAUUGUCGCACCUCGCAUCAGCCGAGCUCGUGCCUCACCUCCUGACCGACGUCCUGCAUAUCUUGCAAGACUCACCUCUACCUGCACUGCGAAAGCGCGCUCUGCUGUCUCUGCACGCUCUCAUCGCGCACGACGAGACCUCCUCCACUCUCGCCACCUCGUUGCCAGCUUUGCAAGAGGCACUACAUGAUGCUGAUUCUGGCGUAGUUGGAGCAGCAGUCAACGUCAUCACUGAGCUUUCUCACGCUCGACCAGAAGCCUUUUUGGAAUACGCGCCAGACCUGUGCUCACUGCUCGAGACGCACACGAACAAUUGGACGCUGAUCAAGCUGCUCAAGCUUUUGGGCACUCUUGCCGCAGAGAGUAGCUCGGACGAGCUUGCUGGAUUGCUUGCAUCUCGGCUAGAGAGCUUCAUCAGGACAACCAAAGCCAUGAGUCUGCUGUACGAAGCGCUUGUAUGCGCUAUAGAAGCUGGUUUGGUGGAUGGCGAGGAUCGACCAGGCGCGUCAAGCACCAGCGCGAGCUCUCCGGACGCAUUCAGAACGCUUUGUCUGUCCAAGUUGACAAGCAUGCAAUCGGGGACGGAUGCCAAUCUGCGCGUCAUGGCGCAUUCGGCACUGAGAAAAUUGGAGAACCGCAGCAUGGGGCCUAGCAGAAAGAAGCUACCUACCAACGUGGAGGGCAUGCUGAUCGAGUUUGGCGAGACUGACAAAGAGCUGCUCGAAAUCGCCGGAGAGCCUGCGAGAGGAGCAGAUCGCUCGACGUCGGCUGCCAUCGGUACCAGCAGCGCAGCUGCUAAACAGCCUUCAAACAUCCCAGUGGCAUCUUUGUUGGAUGAUGAUGAUCCCGAGCAGGUCGAGAGCUUCGCGGUGAGGGCACCACGAGGUCUGCAGUGUCAGACUGAGACUGACUGGAAUUGACGCGACUCUACUUUUUCCGAAUCCCACCUUGUAGCUGCAUUCGCAAGGCAGAUGAUCACCCUCUUGGAACUCUUUACACGGGGACAGAUAGACUUCUUUUGCCUGGAAACGUCUUCGCCCGGACGAUGCACGGGUGUGUCCGUGAUGGGUCUCCCCUACCAAAGGUCUAUGGUCUGAUCUCACCCAACCUCGAAAGCGGUCCCGGGCUGCGGCCGAAACAUUUCGCUGCGCAAGGACAGCUGAACGCGCACAUCGAGGCACCCCUCGCGCUGAUGACGAAAUGUUCAAACCAUAUGGGAUCACGCUUGUUGUAUUGUAGACAUCGAAUCGAAAUGAAGGACUUCGGAUCUGAGGCGCACUCACAGACCCAGCAGCGCGCGUCGCUCACUGUGAGCCGCUAGGCGCGGUCAUUACGAUUGCUAGUCGUUCACAGACUGUGCCUGAGGCACUGACUCAAUUCCAUCA